AUGGCCAACCAGUCUCCAGCAAACCCAACGAUCGAGAGAUCGGCGGAUCGCCCCACAAAGAUGGAAGCUAUGGCCACGCAUGACGCUGUCCAGUGGAUCAACAACGCUUACACGCGGGGAGAACCUCCAAUCAUGACGUUUAGCCUCUUCCAGAUGGAUACGCUACGAUAUGUGCUCGGGGAAGAUCCGAUCUCAGAGAGCAUGGCAACCUACGGCAAGCUAUGGCAAUGUCCGUUGAACGCCGGCUUCUACCACGACCUAGUCUAG